GAGGCAAGCAGUGGGAGAGGGAGAGAGAUUGGAGUUCCUGGCCUGUGCAUUCGGAAGCCCUAUGCUGCCGCCUCAGCAGGCAGGGCCUGCUCCACCUUUCCAGCAUGCAGCUGGAGGAAGAGAGGAAGCUGCGUAUCGAGCAGGCACUGGCGUGGCUGAGGAGAGAACUGUUAGAAAUGCAACUCCAGGACCAGGAGCUGCUGGAUAAGUUGUUGCAGCUGCACACCACCUUACGGGAGCUGAAAGCAGAGUGCGCAGACUGGGAGAGCUCCGAUCCAAACAGGGAUGUGUUUGGGGCCAGAGCCCGCUCGAGUUCGGAGGACAUGGGAGCCCCAGUCCUGUCAAGAAGGUCCCUCAAACUCGGAGCGACCAGGAGAAACUCCCUCCCAUGACAAAUCUAGGGUGGGUGCAAGGGCAGGGGGUCAUCGGUCAGUGCAAACAGCUUCUUUGGCAUUCCAGUGAAAAGUUUCCAGACUGUGUUGGUGCAUUCAGAGGUGGAGAACAUUGUGUUAGUUUUGCUGAUCAUAAUGUCCUGUUUUCUGAUGUCCAGCUUAUGUCCUGUUUUCUGAUGUUCCUGCAACACCUGGUGGCAUUAUGAAACAGUGGCUUCUUGACUGAUAUAGUACCAGCAUCUUGCGCUAAAUUUCAUUCACACCAGUUGGAACAACAAGGAACAUUAGUGGGCAACUUUGCUACCCCCCCCCACUCUUUCUGCAUUUGCAUUCUUCUGUGAAAACAGCAGGAAAGAACUAUGUGCUGGAAUACUGCCCCGAAUUUCAUCACUUUACUCCUGAAAUUUACUGGGCUAAGGAUGCUGCAAACUGACUUUUUUUUCUGGAAUCAAAUAACAUGGAAAUGAACACUAAACAUGCACUACAUGCCAUUCCAUUUACCAGAUGUGGCUUCUAUGUUGUGUGAAAGCCCAAAUAUAAUGCAGAAAUUAACUGUAGUUAAUCGGGGAAACAGAAUAAACUGCAGCUUGUGUGUGCCAGCGCAACCAUCAAAUACGAAAGAGGGAAAAAUUCAAAAUCAAAUUCUGUG